CACAUUUCACAAUAAAUAGACGGUAGAUUUUUCUAACUGACUGACGAUUAGUUAAAGCUUAUUAAUAAUAACACGAUAAAUACUUAUUGUUUUACCAAGUUAAAUGUGGAUUUUAUUUCAACGAAGAGAAGUCUGAACGUAUACAUUAAAAAAUUACGGUAUUUUUUCCCAUGAUAAAUCGUGUCAUUGUACAAUCUUUGUUAGAAUAUAAAUCCUGUCGUAUUUUUGGAAGCAGUACGUGUGUGAUGAACCAUGAGCAGCCAACAUCAGUAUAUGUCGGUGAAUAAUGCUCCUAAUGCCAGGGUUGGUGACAUCGAGCACAUUAGUCACCUUUCAGAGCACAUUGGCUCGCUAUGCCUCUCAUCAGAGUAUUCCGACGUAACCCUCAUCGUGGAAGGUCAAAGGAUACCGGCCCACAAAGUGAUUCUGGCAGCUAGCAGUGAUUACUUCAGAGCUCUGCUUUAUGGAGGCAUGAGGGAGGCAAAUCAGGCCGAAGUUGAACUGCAGGCGCCGCUGCAAGCUUUCAAGGCUCUGCUCCGAUAUGUUUAUUCAGGUCACAUGGGCCUCUCCAUGCUGAGAGAGGACACGGUGCUGGACAUGCUCGGGCUGGCCCAUCAGUUCAAUUUCCAAGAGCUGGAGGCGGCCAUAUCUGAUUACCUGCGGCAGGUGCUGGCCUUGAGGAACGUCUGCUCCGUGCUCGACGCCGCGAGGCUGUACGGGCUCGACGCGCUGAUGGACUACUGCUAUAACUUUUUGGACAAGAACGCGUCAGAAGUGUUGGAGCACGAGACAUUCCUUCAGCUGUCCGUUGAAGCGUUACAAGGUCUGCUGGAACGCGACUCGUUCUUCGCACGCGAGGUGGACAUCUUCAAGGCGGUGUGCAACUGGUUCAACGCAAACCAGUCGUGGGUGAAGUCGGAGGCCGGCCAGCCUCAGGUCGAAAAGAUCCUCAAGUGCGUCCGCCUGACCCUGAUGAGCCUGGAGGAGUUGCUGACGGUGGUCCGGCCGUUCUCGUUGGUCACUCCGGACAUGCUGCUCGACGCCAUACAGGAGAAGACUCAGACCAAGAGCACGGAUCUGCCGCACCGCGGGUUGCUGCUACCGGAGGAGAACGUGGCGACGGCGAAGCGCGGCGCGCGCGUGCUGGCGGGCGACAUGCGCGCCGCGCUGCUGGACGGCGACACGGAGGGCUACGACAUGGAGCGCGGCUACACGCGACACGCCAUCUGCGACGCCGGCGACGCAGAGCCGCGCGGCAUCGUCGUGCGUCUGCACACCACGCUCAUCAUCAACCAUCUGCGCCUGCUGCUCUGGGACCGCGACAACAGGUCGUACGCGUACUACAUCGAGGUGUCGUUGGAUCAGAAGGACUGGGUCCGAGUGAUCGACCACAGUAACUACUUCUGUCGCUCGUGGCAGAACCUGUACUUCGAGCCCAGAGUCGUCCAGUACAUCAAGAUCGUCGGGACCAGCAACACCGUCAACAAGGUGUUCCACGCGGUGGCGCUGGAGGCCAUGCACACGGCGCGCGUGCCUCCCCUGUGUAACGGGCUCGUCAAGCCGACACACAACGUGGCCACCGUCGAGCACUCCGCUGUCGUCAUCGAAGGGAUCAGCCGCUCCCGCAACGUGCUGCUGAACGGCGACAUCGAGCACUACGACUGGGAGCAGGGCUACACGUGCCACCAGCUCGGUUCCGGCGCCAUCGUGGUGCAGCUGGCGCAGCCCUACAUCCUCUCGUCCAUCCGCCUCCUGCUGUGGGACUGCGACUACCGGCACUACUCGUACUACGUCGAGACCUCCCUCAACUACUGGGACUGGGAGACGGUCUGCGAUAGGACCAGAGACGCCUGCAGGUCCUGGCAGGUCAUAUACUUCACGCCGAGGCCGGUCUCCAUCAUCAGGAUCGUCGGCACCAAUAACUCCGUUAAUGAGGUGUUCCACCUGGUGCACCUGGAGUGUCCGGCGCAGGUGGAGGAGCCGCGCGACGACCCCGCCGCCAAGAAGCAGCGGCCCGCGCACGACAACCGCCUCAACCCCGCGCCGCCCGCAGAAUCUGUUGAUCCCCAGCUGCCUCCGCCUCCCCCCGCUUCGGCCCCGACCCCCAGCCCCGCCUCGGAGCCCCCCGAGGGGGAGCGCCGCGCGAGGUCGUUGCCCCCGGCAGAGACGGCCACCGAAGCAGAAGAACGGUACGAAGACUGAAACGCAGAUCCGAACGAUCAAUUACCAACCGAGCGGUCGUUAGUAUAAAGUCGAAUUUAAGUUUUAGAUAGGCCUAGGUAAUGUGCACUGCUUGACUAGGUCGGCAUCUGUGUGCUUAGUGCGAGUUUUUUAACGUUCUCGAUAGCGUAAAAGUUAGCCCAAUUUUGUAUGCAGUUGGAACAGCGCCCCUAGCGCCAAGCGUAGG